AUGACGGUGACAAGGUUAAUGAGAUUGCUGCCAAAACUGACAACGACAAGACCUUCACUUUCUUCUUCAUCUUUUCCAUUAAAAUGUUUAUUUUCUUCCACAUCAUCAUCAUCAUCACUGUCUUCGUCCGACGUCGUUUCGAGCACUGCUGCUGAUGCUGUUGAUCUUGGUGAUGAAGAAGAUGAUGAUGAUGUACCCAUCUACUCUAACCCAACUGCUGCUUCGGCGGUUAAGCCCAUGAUACCCACUCUUCUUCAGCCACGCGUUGUGGUCUACGAUGGGGUCUGCCAUCUCUGCCAUGGAGGGGUGAAGUGGGUGAUUAAAGCAGACAAGUACAGGAAGAUCAAAUUCUGUUGCCUUCAAUCGGAGACUGCUGAGCCUUAUUUGAGAUUGUGUGGUCUUGAUCGAGAGGAUGUUCUUCGUCGCUUUUUGUUUGUUGAAGGCCCGGGGCUAUACCACCAAGGCUCUACUGCUGCACUGAAAGUAUUGUCAUACUUGCCUCUCCCUUACUCUGCUUUAAGCGCAUUCAUGGUAAUCCCAACUCCUCUAAGGGAGAUUGUCUAUGAUUAUGUUGCCAAACGGCGCUAUGACAUCUUCGGCAAGUCUGAAGAUUGCUUAGUCUUGCAAGAGAAAGAGUUGCUGGAGCGUUUCAUUGAUAGGGAAGAGAUAAUGUAUCGAGCUCGACCAGAUUUUUAA